AAAAACAAAGUUUUCUAAAAAUGUCAUUAGUUGUAAAGAAAACUUUUGUAUUUGGAGAAAAGUCUAAAUUUUUAAAAGUUUAAAUCUUAUCACAACAUUUAAAAUGGAAUUGCCAAUACAAAUCUCAAAUGAAUUGGAAAAACGUAUAUCAGAUGCUUUUUGUAUAUUUGAUCAUCAUGGUGAUAAGACCAUCGAUGUACGAGAAGUGGGUACGGUAUUACGUUUUUUAGGUUGUGUGCCCACCGAACAGGAGAUCAAUGAAAUAAUAACUGCUACGGAAACAGAAGAUUCUAGUGGUGAAGUACAUUUAACAAAAUUCUUGCCACAUGUAACACAAUUGCUGGCAGAACAUAAAAUGGAACCGGCUGAACCGGAAAAACUAUUAGAAGCUUUUCAUGUUUUAGAUCCUGAAAAUCGUGGCACUCUAACACGAGAAUAUUUUGGUAAAUUAAUGAUGGAAGAGGGAGAACCUUUUACCCAAGAGGAGCUAGAUGAAAUGAUGGCCGUAGCCAUAGAUCCUUUAACUGGUCUUAUACCGUAUGAAUUUUAUUUAAAUCAAUUAAUGCACCGUCCGAAAAAUUCUAUUUAUGAUAUUGCGGAUAAAAUUAGAGCUGAAGCACAACAAAAAGCCACUGGCACUAGACAAUCUAUGAGAAAAUUUUAAAUACUAAACUAGUUUAUUGUAAAUAUUUCUUUGUAGGUUUAUCUUUAAAGCGUUGUGAGGAGAGAAAAUUUGAAAUAAAAAUUAUUCAGCGAAAAUUUAACAA